AAAUAAUAAAAUAAAGAACUUCAAUCGAGAGAAAUUAUCACAUUUGAUUCUUCAGUGCUGAAACAUGAAGAAAAUGAUCAUAAACCUAUUAAAAAAAAAAACGAAGCUUAUCCUUACUUCCUUCACUUUGUACACCAGUUACACCAAAAAAGUGAGGUUUUUUUUUUUACUGCCAUAUAUGAAAAUCUCAAUUACAGACGGUAAGAGUGUUUGAUGGACAUCAUUUCUGGAUCUUGCCUCGAGCGUUCAUGGGAGACUCGUGGGCUUAAACGUACUAUAUUGACCUUUUGUCUUUUAAUUCAUUGUCGUGGUUCGAUGAAUCAAAUGCUAAGAGAAUCAAAGGGUGAUUCCUUGAAUGAAUGGAAAUAAAGUCUACCAGACUACCACAAGUGUAAAGUAAAAAUGAAUCACUGUAGAGCAGAAUUAGUAAGUUGUCUUCAAGCGAACAAAAAAAAAAGUCUGUAUUUGUCCUCCAGCUUAUUAACUAGCUCUAGGGCGACGUUGAGGUGACCAUGUCUUGCAUUCCAAUGGACGAAUAACAUAAACCUCGAAUAUGCAAUAAUGAGCUUACGCUGGAUAUACGCUAGUAUGAACAGAUGGUACUUCUGUGCUGGUUGUCUGAUUUCCAGUUUCUUUUUAAGUGUCGUCGUUUUAAGAACUUUGCAGGGACCUGUAGUUAAUUAUGCCGUGGAAUAUGUCAAUGACAUCAGCCAGCUGAUGACAACAUUGCCAUCAACAGAGCACCACCUUCGCGUGGUUACGCCUGGAGAAAACCUUCGUCCUGGCGAGCUCGAGGUCUAUCUCCCCACCGCGGUCUUCUAUCCAGACUUUCCGGCCAGAAACGGCUUCAACCUGUUCAUGAACGGCUGGGUGCGUCACAAGAGUGACAUGAGCUUCAAGUGUUGCUUGCUGCGCACGCUGCCCUCCGGUCAGCUGAACGGAGAGACCUUCACCGAGGUGCAGGCCUGGAACUACCACGAGUAUGACCAGUGGCUGGUGGACAUGCAGUCGGCCGAGUUUUCCUGCUCCAUCUCCCGCAAGCAGAUCGACUCCAUCGGAGACGCCAAUUUCACGCACGUCACGUUCGCGGAGACGUCCUGUUUGAGGGCGUCCAGAGACGUGAUGAAGAUCAUUUACCCACCGAGGCAGGGAGCCACCGUGGGUCUGUGUUUGAAGAUCUCCUACGAUCACAUAGAUCCUCAGAUGAUGGUCGAGUGGUUCGAAUACCAGAGACUCAUGAACGUAACCAAAGUUUUUACAUACACUUUCGAUCUUGACGAACCAGCCAUGCGUGUCUUUGAGUUCUAUCAAAAACUUGGAUUUCUAGAGAUGCAACCAAUCAAUCCUGCUAAAUCAAAAUUUGGUCCAAAGCGAGGCUACAAGCGGCCCAGAUUUGAGCAACAAGCCUGGGUGGAUGAGGUCAUGGCUGCUAACGAUUGUAAACAUCGUAUGUCCGGCUACGAUUACGUCAUAGUGAUGGACAUUGAUGAAUACAUAGUUCCACAUCCACCUCUAAAAUCCUACUAUGAUAUUUUAAAGGAAGCUUCGAAACUGAAGCCGAAUGCUGGAGCUUUUGGGUUCGACUCCCAUGUAGUUAUGCUAGAUUGGGGAGCAACACGCAAGUCACCAUUGAACAUUAUGCGCUAUGUCACAAGAACCACUAAAGCGAAUUAUGAUGGCGUUGACCGAAAUAGCCGGUGGGCAUUCAUGCCGAUGAGAAUUUACUAUGCAAAGAAUAAUCAGGUUAUUGUCCGAAAUCCAUACACAGAUUACUUCAUCCCUCACUCUAUGUAUACACUACUCCACUUCCGGUUCUGUAAGAAAACCUGGACUGGCUGUAGAGAUCGAGAGAGAACCAGGGAUGACGUCAUUCUGCCCUAUGAAAACAUCCUGGUGCAAAACAUGCGCAAGUUGCCACUGGACGAGAUCCUCUACAACAGCACAAGUCUGUCUGGUCGUUUGAGAGACUGGUCAGCUCGGUGAUCUGGGCUAACAUUAGUUGGUUGUUGAUUGAACUUUGAACUGUGUGCUUUACGUCUUACAGUGUUGUUAUUUAAUUAGCAGUAAUUCUAAAUGAGUCCAAUAUUUGGGCCUAAUUGUGCCUUAGCUUACUCAAACUAUGAAGAAAACAGUUAAACCUGUCCAAAUUAAAAAGGGAAUAAAAUACGCAGUUGAAAUGUAUACACUCUAGAUUUUACUCUAGAAGAUGACAGAAAAACGGAUUGAAGGACAGACAGAAAAUCAGAUGGAGGAGGGAUGGACUGAAGGUAGAAGGAGCAAUGGACUGAUAGUAGAAAGAAGGAAUGAUGGUAAAGGAGGGAUGGACUGAUGGUAGAAAGAGGGAAUGAUGGUAAAAGGAGGAUGGACUGAUGGUAGAAGGAGCAAUGGACUGAUAGAAGAAAUAGGGAAUAAUGGUAAAAGGAGGGAUGCACUGAUGGUAGAAGGAGCAAUGGACUGAUAGAAGAAAUAGGGAAUGAUGGUAAAAGGAGGGAUGCGCUGAUGGUAGAAAGAUGGAAUGAUGGUCAAAGGAGGGAUGGACUGAUGGUAGACGGAGCAAUGGACUGAUAUAAGAAAUAGGGAAUGAUGGUUAAAGGAGGGAUGGGCUGAUGGUAGAAAGAGGGUAGUAGAAAGAGGGAAUGAUGGUAAAAGGAGGGGUGUACUGAUGGUAGAGAGGGAAUGAUGGUAAAAAUAGGGAGGGACUGAUGGUAGAAAGUGGGAAUGAAAGUAAAAGUAGAGAUGGACUGAAGGUAGAAGAAGAAAAGGAAUGAUGGUAAAAGGAGGGAUAGACUGAUGGUAGCAAGAGGGAAUGAUGGUAAAAGUAGAGAUGGACUGAAGUUAGAAGGAAAAAGGAAUGAUGGUAAAAGGUGGGAUGGACUGAUGGUAAAAGAAGGGAUUGAAUGAUGGUAGAAGGAGAGAUAGAGGGAUGGUAGGAAGAAGGGAUGGUAGAAGAUUAUGCUAUAAAUAUGAGUAUAGGCUAGUCAAGAAAAUGAGAGAUGAUAAAGUGAAUGUGUUGUGUUUGUGUAUGAGGGAAUAAAUGUGUGUGUUGGAUUGUGUGAGAUGUGUGUGCGUGAGAGAGAGAGAGAGAGAGAGAGAAAGAGAGAGAGAGAGAGAGGAAAGAGCGGAAUGAAAUUUGUGAACUGAAUUGAUUGGCUUAAAGAUCUAUAAUAAAUAUGGUUUUAAUUGA